GAAAAAUAUCCCCCUUUACAAAGUACAAACACCUUAUUUCGAGAAGCUUCUCAGCUUCAAAGCAGUCGCAAAAACCCUAAUCUCAAGAGUUCCGUCAAACCCUAACCAGUACUACUUCACCGGCGGCACACCGAGCCAAUCGGCGUAACCGCAAAAUGGAGUUCGACGAGUACGAUUAUCUUGAGAAGACUGUUGAGGAAACAAACGGUACUUCAACGAAGAGCAAAGAGAAUAACAACAGUAGCGCUGAGAAGGAGAAGACCGACAAAAGCUAUCGCCGAAGAGAUAGAGACGGCAGCGAAGAACACGCUGUCGAUGAUGAAAACAGAGAGCGCCGUAGCAGCAAAAAGUCUCGCAACGACAGCGACAGCAUAAGAGACAAGGAUAAGGAACGAGAUAGAGACAGGGAAAGGUCGUCGAGGCAUCGAAGUAGAGACCGGGAAUUGGAGAGAGAUAGAGAACGAAGCUCAAAGGACCGUGAGCGUGACCGUGAUAGGGAGAAGAGAGAUAAGGAUAAGGAGAAAGAGAAGGAAAGAGAUAGGGAUAGGGAUAGGAAGAGUAGAGAUCGGGAUAGGGAGCGCGAUAAGGAGAGAGAGAAGGAGAAGGAAAAGGAUAGAGAGAGGGAGAGGUCAAGGAGGAGCAGGAGUCGAUCGAGGAUUGAACGAGAGUUGAGAGAAGCCGAGCGUGAUUUUGAAACACGGGACAGCAGGAGAUUCAAGGAGAAGAAAGAAAAAGUAGAACCAGAAGCUGAUCCAGAAAGGGACCAGAGAACUGUUUUCGCUUACCAGAUGCCCCUGAAGGCAACUGAAAGGGAUGUGUAUGAGUUCUUCUCACAAGCAGGAAAGGUGAGGGAUGUGCGGUUAAUCAUGGACCGGAAUUCAAGGCGAUCUAAAGGAGUUGGGUACAUUGAGUUUUAUGAUGCUAUGUCUGUGCCAAUGGCUAUUGCUUUAUCUGGUCGCUUGCUAUUUGGCCAACCAGUCAUGGUAAAACCUUCUGAAGCUGAAAAGAACCUUGUUCAGUCAACCGCUUCUGCUGGUGCAUCAGGUUUGGUAGGGCCAAAUGCUGCCUCAGAGAGAAAACUUUAUGUAGGAAAUCUUCAUUUUAACAUGACAGAGUUACAGCUUAGACAGAUUUUUGAAGCUUUUGGGCCAGUAGAGCUUGUACAAUUACCUACAGAUCCCGAAACAGGACAUUGCAAAGGAUUUGGGUUUGUCCAAUUUGCUCAACUUGAACAUGCAAAGGCAGCUCAAAGUUUGAAUGGCAAGCUUGAGAUUGCGGGUCGCACCAUCAAGGUUUCAUCCGUUACUGAACAUGUCGGAGUACAAGAUGCUGGAGCUAAAACUGCAGAUUUUGAUGAUGAUGAAGGAGGGGGCUUGGCAUUGAAUGCUCAGUCAAGGGCCAUGCUUAUGGCAAAAUUGGACCGCAGCGGUGUUGCUUCAGGUGUUACAGGUGCACUUGGAGUUCCUGCAAUUAAUGGAGCAGCUCAGCCAGCAAUGAGCAUGCCAAUGGGUGGUGCAACAGCUUUUCCGAAUAUGCUCCCAACACAAGUCAUUUCUUCCAUGGCUCCUGAACCCAUUGGAAUUCCCAGUGAAUGUUUGCUAUUAAAAAACAUGUUUGAUCCUGCAACUGAGACGGAUCCAGAAUUUGAUUUGGAUAUUAAAGAUGAUGUAAAGGAGGAAUGUUCGAAGUAUGGCAGGGUCAAGCAUAUCCACGUGGACAAGAAUACCUCUGGUUAUGUGUACUUGCGGUUUGAUAGUGUCGAAGCGGCAUCUCGUGCUCAACAAGCUAUGCACAAGAGAUGGUUUGCUGGCAGAUCUAUUUCAGCCAUAUUCUUGCAACCGUAUGAGUAUGAUGCCAAAUUCAAAGGUACAGGCUGAGAGGGUUCAGACGGUGGACGAUCUAGAAUGUCUGUAGACUGCUUAUUUGUUUAUUGUAUUUGCAAAACGGCAGAUGAUUUUGUAUUUAAGUUCGGAUCCUAUUGAAUAUCAAAGACAGGUUAAAAGUACUGUAUACGCAGACAUGAUGUUAUAGGUGUUACUGAGGAAGGUUCUGUAAUUUGACAGCAUUCUCAUUUUAAUCAACCGAGACACUUAGGGCUCAAA